AUGAUCACUGAGUGCCUGUCGAUUGUAUUUUGUUGGAGCUCUCUCCUCCUAAGCGACAUACAACUGCCGAACUUCGACCAGAAUAUCAAUCUCAUAAGGGUCAGUAAUCUGUCGUAUCCCAGAGUGCGGAUCGGUGCGACGAGGGGCACGUUCAACUCUUCGCAUUGGUCCUUGGUGACAGCGGAACCGUCUAUUUUCAACUUUUCUGCUUCUGCGGAUGCGCUAUUCAGUACUUACACAGUCUGUGGUGAUAUGCAAAUAAACCCCAGUCAUUUUGCUCUCUCGAAAUCCGUCGACGGGGCUUGCCUCACCAAUGACAAUGUUACCGAAGAAUGUGACUUCAACCCGGAAAUAGGGGAGAUUUUAUUUGACCCAUCAAACUUAUUUCUCCAAAUCAUGGUGCGCCCUCUUAAGGGUAUCAUUAAUAAAGAGGUGAGACGGGUAAUCUGUCAAACUGUGCUGCCCCGUAUCAAAGAGGAACUACGUAAUCAUACAGAGCACCCACCAACACCCCACCCAUUACCUGGAAAAGGUGUCACACAUCUGGAAGAUGUGCCGCUGUUCCGUGCCAUUGUGAACAUGGCUAGAGGGCUUCCACCAGUGCCAUUUGUCGAAAUUGGGGCCUCCUUGCACUCUGGGGCAACGCUGCGCUUAGUUUUGGGAUUUACCAACGGCCUUCAUCUCGCCUCUGACGAUUUGAAGGAGCCCCACUCUAUUUGGAGAAGGGCGAUGACCACACUUAAAUCCCUUCAAAUUGAAAGUAUUGCAGAAGGGUUUCUUGGGGUUAUUGCCAGCUGUCGAAGAUGGUUUCGUGAGCGUGGAUGUUCCACAUCCCUUUAA